AUGGCGGACGACUUAGAGCGGCUACUGGAUGAAGUGGAAAGGCGGCUGUGCCGGCUGCCGGGACGGGGGGCGUCGGGCGGCGACGGCGAGGAGCAGGGGGCGGCGGCGGCAGAGGGCAGGUCAACUAAACUGAUAAUGGAUGCUGGCAGCAGCGAAGAAGAUAUAGAUGACAUUAUUGAUGAAAUCUGUAAUGACAGCAGCUUCUCCAAAACACCUCCGAAAUUGAAGUCUAAUUGUGCAAGUCUCACACCUGAACACAAUAGUGCUGUUGUACAAGCUCAUAGGAAAAGAUGUUGUCCAGUGUACCUGGGUGGAAGCUCAUCUCCCUCUGGCAUAGGAACAAAUAUUUCAAAGAGAACGUGUGACCAACUGCGCUGUACCGCUUGCGACUUCCGUGUGUCACUGUUCAAUGACUACAUCUGGGAUCAGUCCUGUGACUAUCUUUUUUUCAGGAAUAACAUGCCUGAGCUCUGUAAACUAAGAGCAAAGAUGGUGAAGAAGAAAGGAGCACGAGCGUAUGCUUGUCAGUGCAGCUGGAGAUCCAUUGAGGAAUUAACUGACCUCCAAACGGACCAGCAGCUUCGGUGGGUUUGUGGUAAACAUGCAGAGUGAAGUCCUCUUGUGCGUGGUACCUACUUGUGUGGAAACAGGUCAUGAGCUCAAUUUGUUUCUCAGUUUUCUGAGAAGAGGAGGACACCUGAGUGCUUAUAUGUAGAAAUAGAUUAUACCACCCAGACUUCAACCUGGAAACUUUUUUUCAGUUUAACUGACUUGAAUUAUUAGAGGAAACAACCAAUUUGGAGGCUUUCUGGAAGCUAAAUGAGUUUAAAGCUCAUACUCAGUAGUGUUAAAGAAGAGGAAAUCAACAGAUUUAGACCAGGGGCCAAGCCCCUUGAGACUGUUGCUCACAUCUAGCAGAGAGCCUUAUUUCCCAUCUCUGCAGAAUAUUGGAUUCAGAAUGGUGGGUUGGGAAGCAGCCAUGACACACAAGCCUAUGAGUUUCUGCACGGAGAUGAAUCCUGCUGUCCUGCUUUGCUCACAGCUGUUACUGAGCAUGUGCUCGUAGAUCUCAAAAAAUUACUGCAAGAUCAGCCCUCACCCCAAAACUUAAAACUUUCUUUUACCCACCAGAAGCCAAAAACUGCAGGUGCUAGAAGUUUCCUUCCAGUUCCUACCACUUUCUUCAAAACUCUUUCUGCUGGCUAAGGACUUUUACCACAGUGAAUUUCUUGGACUUCUUUUCAGCCUUCACUGCAAGAGGUGAACAAGUUAUUGUGCAAUUAUUAAAAAUUGUGUAAUUUUAACAAGAUUCUGAAGAGUAUAUGACUGCCAUCAAUAAAUUUCAAGGGGAAAAAAGGCUCAGGCUUUUAAGGAUGGGAAAAUACAUAUCCUCACUGACAUUAAAAUUUGGAUUUUUUUUCAGUUUCACUUAGCUUUCACUUCAGCUUCACUUCAAAAUGCUACAUACUCAGGAAAUAUAACUGUCCUGGUUUGACACACUCCCUUCCCCCUAUAAAACUACUUCCAGUAUCAUGUUACUUGGUGAAUUGGCCUGAUUACAGUUAAUGUCACCAUAGUUUAUAAGCUCUUUCUUCUCAUUAUGUAUAAAUAACAGGAGAUAGAUUUGAGUUUGGGGCAGCCAGAGAGGAAGGAAAGGAUUACCAGUCCUGGCAAUUACUACAUUGAAAAGUGUCUCAAAAUGAGGAGCCUGACAGUAUUUUUGCUAUGCAGUAUGUGAUACUCUACAGAUAAAUGCAAAAUUACUUACCUUGUGCAAUUCCAACUAUACAGACCUAUUUCUCUUUUUUGGCCCAGUUUUGCUCAUGGCCCUAAUCUGUACAUUGUCAAUCUGUUCUUUUUCUGAGCUUUUCCAAAACAAUUGCACGGUCUUUCUUACAGAGACCAUCUCUCAAAUCUGUCUCUUUGGAAGAGCAGAUCCCAAUAGUGACCAGAGGCAUAAUGGACUCUGCAUCCUGCUCUCCUUCACCUCUGUGAGUGGGUUUUUAGAGCCUGCAGAGGACCAGCAGUGUGCCUGGGAGGCCUGGCAGUGCUUAUGUGUGCAGUGCUGCCAUGGUGCUCUAGAAUUCUCUUCCAGUGCCACAUGCAGCCUUGCCAGUAGGUUCAGAGGUGAGUUGGCUUUGGACAGAGGUGCUGUUCGAAUAAUGCUAUAGACAUAUUUAGGGUUGUGUAUUGUUUUUAGUGCAAUUGGUGCUUCAGGAUGAAGUUUCAACUGUUAAGAUUCUAAAACUGCUGGUUCAGGAGAUGGAGAGACCCAGAGACCAGAUGCUUAAUGCUCAGUCAGCCUCUCGCAGAGGCCUGCUGCCCUUUCUGUCCCUCAUGCAGAGCCAGUCCCGGUGCCGACGGGAAUCAGUAAAUGUUCCUGGGUUGUCCUCAGGUGGCCCUGAGCAAUUUCCAUUCCCACAGCUAAUGGUGAGAGAAGAUCCUGGCAGUAAUAUGUGAUUUAUUAACAAGCUCUAGAAAAGAAGCAAAAAGUGCUGAAUUGCCUUGUCUUGCCUGUUCCAAGGCCAUUUGAAACCAAGGAUCCUCACAGAAUGCUUUUGGGUUUUUUUUCCUGGAUUCGCUCUGGAACUUGUGUCACAAUGUAGGGAACAAGUUGGGGAAAAUGCUAUCUCAGUUCAUGAGACUGAGUCUUAUGUAGCUUGGGAAAGGAGGAUGUCUCCUAUACCCUGUUUUAAUCAAAGCAACAGAAGCGUUAGCUCUGUUGAGACUGCACUCCAGGCACUGAAUUGCCAGAAGUUUAUUCAUAAAUGUAGGUGGAAGCUCGAGCAUUCCCCUGAAAUCAUCAUGUGUAUCCAAGAGUGGCUGCUCAUUUCUGGCCGUGGUUGGAAUGGUGGGAUGUGACAGGUCUUUGUCCAACCGAAGUUUUAAGCAGGUACAGAAAUAGUGCUGAUUGUAUUGGAUUUUUAUUACAGAAUUUGGUAUAUUUCUAGCUCUGAGAAUAAUUACUACGUUGUUAAAUACAAUUAUUUUGUUGGGAAGGGGAGGACUAGUACUAAGUAUUUUAUUUCCCCUCCUUUGCUUUCUUCAGUUACGUGUUACAAACCACUCCCAAGUCCCCAAAUGAAAAGAAUGUAAAGAAAGGUAAAACUAGAGCUUGAAUGUCCAUUUGAUGCAGGUAAGAUUGCACAAGGUUUUCAAGAUGUAGCCCAGAUCCUAAGUGAUACUUCUGUGGCACUUACCUGAGAGAGCAGGGAUUGUGUAAAGAACUUUGUUGAACAAUGCCACUCAGCUGCUGUCAGAUGGAAGUACGGAAGUUUUGCCAAGUAUAAACGUGAUCAUUGUUUUCCUCUAGGGGUUUUUUUUUUUUGCCUUGGAAGUAAUAAAACUGGUUGUGAAAUGGGCAAAGUGAAAGCCUGAGACUUUCAUGUUGCUUAGAUGAUGUGCUUGGAACUUUUCUAGCCUGCAGCAGAGCCCUCAACAAACCAAAAGCGACGAAGGAUGACAAAACAAGAAGCCAUGCAAAAGCAUUCACUUGGAAAUGUAGUCAGUGGUUUAAUGUCAUUCCAAUUUCUCUCAGUCUGUGUUCCUGCAGUAGAUCUGAGUGGGAGUUCCAAUUCAAUCUACAGGGUAGAUUUUUAUACCUUUUUUAAUCAGAUUUUAAUGUGCUGAUCUAAUUGUAUCUCACUUGUUUUACCUACAAACUGCAGAGGGUGUCGCCUAGAUACUGAGUAUAGCUCAAAAGAAUAAUCAUUAAGGAUCCUGCCAUCAAGUUGAAUUUACAGAAGCCUAUUAGCAUGACAUUGCAAUCUCUGCACUCUGUAAAUAAACUGCAUAAUGAUUUUUUUCUUUCUGGGUACCCAUUUCAGUCUGUACUGAGGCAUUCUGCAAAUACUAGGCACUGGAAGCUGCUGCUUGGUGAGAGACUGCUCAUUCCUCUUGUUUCCUGACACGUGAGUCUUUAGGUCACAUAACCAGCACAUGUAGUAGUCACACAACACGGCAGGCACUGUGCUGGCAGCUGCAAAGGCAAAUUCUUCUUUUUUUGCAUAAGACCUCACUGGUUUUGUCUGGUUUGUGACACUAGAUAACUGCAGACAGGCCAAGCUGGGGGGGUGUGUGCAGGAGAAGAGUGUUGGGAACUGCCCAUUUGUGAGGGCCACAUGUGAUGCCUGAGAGGUGGCACAUGUGCUUCUGGGAAAGUAUUCUUCAAA